AUGGAAGAAAAAAAUAGGCUGUGGGAAGCGCUGGAGGAUAUAGACAGUGUAUUCGGUGAUUUAAGCCAACAAUGGGCCAACGCAUGCUUCGAGGAGAAUUUCUCCGAUUUUGGCGCUUUCUCAAAUGCAGUGCAAUUUUCGAUUCUCCAGGCACUUGAUUACUCAGCACGUCUCGCCGAAUUAUGCUCUCGUUUAUUGCUUUACGUUGGAAAAGCGGACAGAUCAACGGAGAUAUGGGCCGAAAUGGCCGAAAGUGGAUAUGACGCAAAAAAGCUAUGCGUUUUUGCAUGGUACUUGAUUGAACGCGGACAACAGCCCGAUGCGUAA